CAUUUUGAUUGCGCUUGUGCCCAAACUUGCGCAUAACUUUUUCAAUAACAAAAUCUGCGCGCAUGGUGAUAUCAGAUAACACAGCAUUGAGCGUAAUUUUAAAUCCAUCUAAUUCAUCGCGAGUAAUUGUUUGAAAAUAAUUAUGUUAUUUAUUCGGUAGCACUUGCAACUUAUUUCUGUGUAAACGAUGAAAGUAUCUUAGCGAACGCCGGAAAGAUGGCUCAGUCCGAGGAGAAACACAGCGGAUUUUCAUCCUGGUUAUCAGGCAAAUUAGAUCAGUUGAAGAUCGACGAGAAUAUAUACCUGAACUACAUAAUUUCCAUUCUAGAAGGCGAUGAAAGUCGCGACGAAAAACUAGACAUCUUGACAUCUAUUCUGGUUGAUACCGGAUCAUCGGAAGAGUUUAUAUGCAGCUGUUGUAACGAAAUCCUCGAUAAUUGGCAAACAUCUCUGAGCAGUGCUUCCGAAGAAAAGAAAACCGAAAAAGUAGUCGAGAACGUUGAUCAAAAAUUGGCCAGACUUUUAGAAUCAAAUGUGCGUUUAGGGGAAACAACUCACGCUUGUACUUACACUGACGAACAGCUUAAAAUUAGGGAAGCUAUUUUAUCGCAGUAUGGCCACGGCGAUGAGCUAGAAGACGACUAUGAAGACGAUGAAAAAGACGAUGAUCUCGAAAAAAAUACCAAUGCAUCUGCUAUACAUCAAGCUGAGAAAGAGAAACGUGAGAAAGCUAAACUCGAAAACCAAAAGAAGAAAGAACGGGAUAAAUUAGAGAGAGAGAAACAAAAAUCUACCCUGCAGGAGAAAAAAGAAGCUAGACGAAAGCGUGCUCAAAAGGUUGAACAUCAUCGAAAAUGAAUUUUUAUUGAUGAAAUUACUACCUAUAUUAGCAUCUUUGCAAGAUUUUUUACCAGAAUCAAUAACUAUUAUCGUGUUUUUAAAUUAUUUCUUCUAUUAUGUAAUUUCUUGUACAUUUGAUCUUACUAAAAUUAAAUGCAGUAUACGUUAAGAAA